UCAAUUUUUGCGCCAAACCGCGCGUGUAUUUUAGCGAGUGUUUUGAGGAAAGUUAUUUACUGUUUGCGAUUAGUUGGUUUUGUGCGUAAAAAGUAAACCAGCUCAAAAUGUCCUCUCACGGACUUACGGAGGGUUUCCUGUCGGAAAUGAUGAAGGGAAACGAGAUGGAGAACCCGGUUUUGCAGGUGAUCGGUUCGAAGCGAAUCGCCAGCAGCGGUGAGCAGUCGGAACGAUUCCGACUGCUGAUUUCGGAUGGCAAGUCCCUGUACAGCUACGCUAUGCUGGCCACGCAGCUAAACGAUAUGCACCGGCAGGGCAAGCUGGCGGAAAACACAAUUAUACGCAUCGAUCGCUACACAACCUCGGUCGUCAAUCGAAACGAGAAGGGAGAGAAACGAGUGCUGAUCAUCGUCGAGCUAACCGUGCUAAAGGAUGGUGGCCUGGUGGGCGAAAAGAUAGGAAACCCACAGCCGAUGACGGACGUGCCGGCUUCGCAGACACAGAACUCCGUUGGCGGCAGUGCGAGCAGCUAUGAAAAGCCGGCGGCGUCUACCCGGCCCUCGGAAACCAGUGGACUUAGCACGUACGGUUCCAACCGUUCUGCGGGCGGAUCGAACGGUACGGCCGCCGGUGCCUCGCUCAGCGAUACCCUCACCCAUCCCAUCUCGUCGCUUAGCCCGUACCAGAACAAGUGGGUUAUAAAGGCGCGCGUUAUGUCCAAAUCGGGAAUUCGCACCUGGAGCAACGCGAAGGGUGAAGGAAAGCUGUUCAGCAUGGACGUGAUGGACGAGUCGGGCGAGAUUCGGGUGACGGCAUUCAAGGAGCAGUGCGAUCGCUACUACGACAUGAUCGAGGUGGACAAAGUUUACUUCAUCUCGAAAUGCCAGCUAAAGCCGGCCAACAAACAGUACUCCAACCUGAAGAACGACUACGAAAUGACAAUGACGAACGAUACGAUCGUGCAGGAGUGCAAGGAUAAGGAUGGAUCGAUGCCCGAGAUCCAGUACAACUUCGUACCGAUCGCACAGAUUGCCAACCUGGAACCGAACGCAACGGUCGACGUCAUUGGCGUGUGCAAGGAGGCAAGCGAAGUGGUACAGUUUACGGCCAAAACGUCGGGCCGUGAGCUGCGGAAGCGCGAGGCCACCCUGGUGGAUUCCAGUAACGCCGCGGUACAGCUAACGCUGUGGGGUGACGAUGCACAGAACUUCCCGGCCAGCAGCAAUCCGGUGGUGCUGGUGCGCGGUGCACGAGUGUCCGAGUUCGGGGGCGGCAAAACGCUCGGCCUAAUCGGUGGUAGCGUCAUGAAGCUGAAUCCCGAUAUGGAGGCAGCACACCGGGUACGCGGUUGGUUCGAGAAUGGUGGACGAGAUGCUUCGCUGGCCAGCGUAUCGGCUCGUACGGGUGCCGGUGCUGGUGCUGGUCUCAACACCGAGUGGCUUACGUUCCGCGAGGCAAGCGAUCGCAGUUUGGGUGCCGGAGACAAACCGGACUACUUCCAGGUGAAGGCCAUGAUACACACGAUCAAGUCUCAGAACGCCGUAUACAAGGCGUGCCCGCAGGCCGAUUGCAACAAGAAGGUGAUCGAUCAGGACAAUGGACAGUAUCGGUGCGAGAAAUGUAACGCCGAGUUCCCGAACUUCAAGUACCGGUUGCUGGUGAACAUGCUGAUCGGAGAUUGGACCUCCAAUCGCUGGGUAACCAUGUUCACCGAACUCGCGGAGGAAGUGUUUGGUAAAUCUUCGCAGGAAAUUGGCAGCAUGCUCGAGUUCCAGACCGAGGAGGCGGAGAAACUGUUUACCUCCAUGUGCUUCAGAUCGUUCAUCUUCAAGCUGCGCACGAAGGUCGAGUUCUACAACGAGCAGGCACGCAACAAAACGACGGCCGUCAGUGCGGCACCGGUUAACCACAAGGAGUACAACGCGCUGCUGAUAAAGAGCAUCCAGGAGAUGACGGGCGUAGGCAAGAACUAAACCCCCCGCGCGUAGAGGUACCAUUCCAUUCGAUUCGAUUCGAUUCGAUUACCAUCUGUUGCUUUGCUUCAUUCGUUCUCUUCACAAACUUUUGUUUUAUAUACUCAAAUCAUAACUUAAAAUUCAAGCUAAAGAAAUAAAAAAAAAUCAACUCAACCAUA